AUGCAAAACUUCAAAGGUAUGAAGUUUGAGAAAAACCUGAAUAUAUACACAAUGAAACAACAAGACUGCAGUAUGGAUCUAUAUCGAUCCUCCACCCAGUUACGAUAUUGUUCGUCGAAUACGACUGAAGAUCAUUGCAGCACGACAUAUGGAUUCAGUGCAGCUCCCGAUAACAAUUGGACGGAAUCACACGAAAUAACCACGCAAACAUUUGGCGAUAGAGGGGAUUCGACAGACGGAUACACGAACACAACACACACGCGCGAAUUUUUAAAUGGCAACGAAGUUACCGCCAACACAACGACACACGACCAAAGUCCGACAGCACCUCCAUCCGAAGCUACAGGUGGUGGGAUAUCCGAAUACGUUAGACCAGGGUAUAGGGAUGAUGUGGUAAUACCCAUUUGUGGAACGACAUUAAACAGUGGGAUUCCCGACUAUUCAAGGACGAGAGAUUACAACAGAGUCAUACCUCCUAGAAUCGAUCGGUAUAGUCACAUAACUCCCCGACAAAAUGUCAAAUUUGAAAGAGAUUGUCACAAUCUUAAUCAAAUAGACACUUCGAAACUUUCGAAUGCUGAAUUCCUUAGCUGGGUUGAUAAAUAUGAGAGGCUCCUAAAUACUGAAGAAAGAAGACAAGCAAACAAGAAACUCAAACACCAGCUCCUCAAAGGAAUACUUAUACUUUGCUUGGCCUUGAUCAUUAUUGGUGCAUUUAUAGGAAUGAUGCGCACUGGUACCCGUAAAAGUGCGAAUAGAUAUCUUCAUGGACAAGGAUAUAUUGGAAAUCGAGAAGAGAGUGAUGUAGACAGAGUCUUUAGAGUGAAUCCAUACUUAAACGGUGAAAAAAGUUUCGAAGACCUAGAUGAAAUGAGAAAAAGGAUAGAUAAGCAAAUCGCUGAUCUACAAAGAAUCCUAGAUAAUCAUUAGGUUAAUCCUUCGUUUCUCAUCGUAGCCCUACAUAAUCUUAGAGUGAGAUAAAAACAACGCUAAAAUUACGGAAAAACCAGAAUAAGUCUAGGCUUUUCACUACAGUUUUGAUGUUGAAUUAUAUAAAGACGAUUUAAAAAAUGUGUACAUAAUUUACUGCCUUAGUUUAUUUAUGGCAUUAAAAGAAUUUAUUAUUUUUUAACAAAUUAUUUUCAUAGUCAAACGUACUAUUACAAUAAGUAUUUAAAAUUGUAUUUACAACACUGUCUGCCUGAAAUCCGCUAAGACACGCGUACCCGUGCCAGAAAAUGCCACUUACGCCACUUGUAUCGUAAUGUACUAUUUACGUCUCACUGAAACAAUAAAUUAUAUGAACACUUGAACUCUCGGUAACAUUUUCAAAUAGCCCGCGUCUGUGUUUACACUAUAGGUUGUGUCGAAGAUAGCACACUAUAGCAAGUUCUGUUUAUACCACAUGAUAGCAGGUUUACCAUCGCAGACACAGUUGAAAUGUCGGAAAUUCCGAGUAAAAUAGCCAUAUAGUUAUAGCCACCGCGUCGGUUUAGUUCCAAGUGGUUCAGUAGCUUUGCAGCUGUCGUAGAGUCGUGAGCCAGUGCGCGUUGCAGUAUUUUAAGGCCUAUAUCUCACGACAUGUCGCAUACCGAUUUAACGACCAAAAAUUCAAAUAAUGAUUCGUACGAUCCUUCAUCGACCUCCGUGGCCGUUUCUUCAAAAGUUUACUCCUGCAAUCCAUCUGAAGAUCCGCCUCCAUCAUAUUUCGAAGUUGUUUGUUCAAAAAACUCUUCUCACAACCCUCUAUCCAACCACACACAUAAUCGCUCAAAUAAUUACACUAGCGAACCCGUAUCAAACUAUGGGACUUGUAGUUUAAAUACGCGAGAAGGAGAAAAUGUGCCGGCGAUCACAUUUGAAACUAUAGAAAAUAUAAAAAUUCCCACAGAUGGGUCAAUAAGAGAACAGCACAGAUCUACAUGCACAUUGGAUACUACAGAGGACGUAAUAGCAAUAACUGAACAUAGAAGGGGUUUAGCAUGGAGGUUUCCAUUAGUUUUCAAAAGAAGGAAACCUCCUUGUACAGGUCCUUUUGAUAGGUACUGGCGAUACGAGAGAAAAAAGAUCAAAACAAUUCCCACAGAUGGAGCAAUAAGAGAACAGCACAGAUCUACCAUCACAUUUAAUACCUCAGAGAAAAUAAUAGGCAUAACUGAAGAUAAAAGGGCAUGGAGAUUUACCCAUUAGAUUUAUUCCAAAAAAGAAAACAUCAUUGUUCAGAUCCUCUCUAUGAUCUCGAGGAAUGGGAAAGAAGAAGGACCAAAGUUAAAACGAAGAUAUCUUGAAUAAUUUUUCGCAGCUACAAUCAACUGACUAUAAUAAUUAUUUGAAAAACACAGAACAAGAAACACAUCAGAUUACUUUCUUCUCUCCGAAUUAGAAAACUUGCAUAAAAAAUCCAUUAGGUCCGUCAUGUGCAAGAUCAAAAAAUUAUAUUUUUAUUUUUUUGCUUACUCCUACCGGGAGCUUUAUAAUAGUAAAAUUUUCAGUUUCACUAAAACUUUAUAGAAACGUAUUCAGAGGUGUUUGAAGUUCGAAUCAUGCGUUUUUAGAAAAUGUCCGUACGGAUGGCUAUAAGUGUGUGUGUGUGUCCGUCUAUGUAUACCGUCAUGAUUCUGGAACUACACGACCGAUCGUAUUAAAAUUGGACAUGCGCAUGUAUGUUUUCUGAUUCUUAAUUUGGGAAAUUUUUUUCAUUUCAUGGCCAUGUGUGUGUGUGUAUAUAUAUUUUAUAAAAUAAUAUAUAAUUUUUUAUAUCAGUUAGAAAGCACUUACACAUUACUUUAUAGGCAUGCAAAGCACCUUUACUUUAUAAUCACAUCAAUAUAUUUUUUUCUAUUUAGAGAGCAUAUAUUGGAAUCGCAAUUUAUUUGACUGUAAUGAUCAUUGGUAUUUCGAUUGUAUUAAUUCUCAUGUCUACAAAAGGCACAGCACUGUACAAUUUUAUUAACUGGAAAGAUAAAGGUAAUGAAGAAACGCAGGUUAAAAAGUAAUUAGAAAAAUUUAUCAAAUCAUAGCAGACAAAUUGAAGCUUAAUACACACAACGACCUAUGAAGAUUUUUAAGCGAGUAUGAGUGAAGAGCAUUACUGUGAAUUGUAUUAUAGAUUUUAGCUAUGUCAAAAAUCAAAGCCUACUAGUGAUUUUAUUGUUUAAAAUUAAUAUUUUUUUUUUUGUAAUUUUUUAUUGUAAACAUCAUAGACACAUAUUAGACUUACUUGUUUAUAUUCAAAAUUAGUAAAAAUUUGGGCCUGGCAUUCGAAUAAGACUCUUUUGGCACAAUCGAAAAAGAAGAACAAAAAAAAAAGAGACAGCAUUUUUAGAAAUUCAGUAAGGAAUUCUUUUUUAUUGAAACGCAACUUAAACUAGAAAUUCCUGCACCAAGCAAGAUAAGCCAAUAUACAAUAUAAUGUUGCUUAUUUUUAUAUGUGUGUGUGUGUGUGUGUGUGUGUGUGUGUAGUAAAUAUAAGCGUAAAACUUAUAUUACGGACUGCUUAUAAUAAAAUAUGUAAUAUUGACUUUACAUUCUGAGUAAGAUUAUUCUUAGUGAGAUGCUAAUAAUAUAAAAGCCGUACUAUAAAGGACUGUUUAUGCCACUUGUAUCGUAUAUUCUACUAUUUUUUUAGAUCUAAGAUGUAUUUUCUAUAACUAAAAUAUUUAUACUUUUAUAUUAAAUUAUAAACCUAUGCAGUUUA